CGCCGCCGUCAAACGACCAGUUUUUCCGGACUGGGGGGCGGGGUGGCUCGCGCGUGUUCGUCUACGGACUCGUCAUCCCCCGACCUCGCUGUAUCUCUAUAUAAUAUAUACAUAUAGACCCACAAAAUUCCACGUAAAGUGAAGUAAUAGUUACGUUUUUACUUAAGUUCAAUAAUUACGGAGCGUCCGAGUGCGGUGGUCGUGUGUUUUCGGUAUUUCCCGCGGAGGAGUGCUCGUUUUGGACGAGAAGCGAGUUAAAAAAAAAAAACAACGAUCGUGUCCGUGUCUUGCGAUCACAAUAACAAUAAUUUUAUCUAUAAUAGUUAUAUAUAAACGUUGUAUAAUUACAUAAUAUUAUACGCGCACUGGUGGUACCUUCAGUAUGUGUCUAUCGUCCUUAGACGAACGGUUCGCGGUGGCAGCCCAGUUUUGUCAGGGCUGGUAGUCUCGAGCCUCCUUGAGCGUCCAACCUCGUCUCGGCGCACAUGGACGAUAAUUCCAAUGAGUCGAUGAUUAGUGAUUAUUGACAAUGGUUCCUGUCCACGAUGAUAAUUAUCGGAGAUAACUUCUCAUCAAAAAUCGUAAAGUAAAGGGAUUGUUGCAAUUCAAGGAGUCGUGUCGUAAUAACAAUUUAGUGGAAAUGUUUGUUAUGAGAAGUAAUUUACCACAAAUCCUCUAGCAUCUCGGUCAAGUACUUUCAGUUCCGUCAGAUCAGCGGCUGUUGCAAAUGAUUAACGAAACGUCGGCGGCAGCGAUCGAGCUGGCCGCUGUGGCCGCGGACGGCUGCCAGGUGACCAGCGAAAACAGCGCGGGGUCGGGAUCGGCGGCCAUGUUGACCGUGAUCGCGGUGAUCGUGAUCACUACGGCGCUGAUCGUGAUCACCGUGUUCGGCAACAUACUGGUCAUCAUGAGCGUGGUGCAGUACCCACCGCUUCGAUCCGUGCCCAACAUAUUCAUCGUGUCACUGGCCGUGGCCGACCUGACGGUGGCCAUAGGUGUGCUACCGCUGAAUGUCGUUUACAACGUGACUGGCGUGUGGCUGUUCGGCGGCGUCGUGUGCAAGCUGUGGCUGACGUGCGACGUACUGUGCUGCACCGCGUCUAUACUGAACUUGUGCGCGAUCGCGCUGGACAGGUACCGGGCCAUCACGCAGCCGAUAGCGUACGCGCAGAAGCGCACCGUGUCCCGCGUCAUGUGGACGGUGGCACUGGUGUGGAUCGCCAGCGCGGUCAUCAGCUCACCGCCGCUCAUCGGCUGGAACGACUGGCCGGAUGUGUUCGACGAGCACACGGCGUGCGCGCUCACCACGCACCCCGGUUACGUGGUGUAUUCGUCCAUGGGUUCGUUUUACAUACCACUGGUGGUGAUGAGCAUCACGUAUCUCAGGAUAUACGUGGCCACCAGGCGGCGGCUGAGACGCCGGGCAAAACAAGUAGCCGCGUCGUUGCCGACCGCGGCGGCCGGUUCGUCGUGCAAACGGGACGACGCGGCCACCGGUAGCGGCAAGACCAAGAUGGCGGCUGACGCAGCAACGGGCGACUCGGCCAGCAGCAGUGAUGAGGUGGACGCGGCCACCAACGGUACGGGCAGCAGCGGUGACAAGCAGCGAACGGGGCGGGGUGCGCCGAUGGCCGUGCGAGCGGUGCCGUCGAUGGGCAAGCACGUCAACCAGUUACUGGAGCACAAGCAGCGCAUAUCACUAUCCAAAGAGCGCAAAGCCGCCAAGACGCUGGGUGUCAUUAUGGGCGUGUUCGUCGUCAGCUGGCUGCCGUUCUUCGUCAUCUACCUGUUCUUCCCGUUCUGCAAGUCGUGCUGUCCGCCGUCCAAGGUGCUCGUCAACGUGGUCACGUGGCUCGGGUACCUCAACUCGACCGUCAACCCUAUUAUAUACACCCGGUGCAAUAUGGACUUCCGGCGGUCGUUCAAGAAGAUCCUGCAUAUGGACGAGCAUCACCAGCACUUACAGCACCACCAUCGCUGAAUCGAUAGUCCGCGCCGGUAAAUUGCCUGUGUGGUGAGGGGAUUGGGGUAGAGACAGUGCCUGCGAAGUGUCAACGUUAUCCUGAUUACACCCCUGCCUCCCUCAACAUCACCGCAACAACCUACACCGAUUUUGUGAUGACAAUAUUAUCGUCCCUGAAUAUUUUUUAACGUCUUGGUGGGAAGGGUUACCGCGGUUUGAUCGAUCCAUUUUUAUAUAAUAAACAUUAUAUUACACGACGUGUUAUGAUAUAUAUUCUUGUUUUUAAAUGCUAACGUGUGUAAAAUUAUGUGUAUGUGGGUUCAAGUGUAGAUAGGUGUGGGUGUGUGCGUGUGCAGGUGUACGCUGUACAUUAUAAUAAUAUUUUAUCGCUGUGUUUUGUAAUCGAUUUUUAUAAGUUGUAUUGAUUUUCGUCGCCGUUGUUGUGCAUGAAGACGGAUACACCGUCACUAGCAUAUCGUUUUGCGAUGUGGUACGUUUAAUCAGGUACACCAAGUAUUAAGAUUAUUUUUAACGUAAAUCAUCAAGUCACUUUUAAUUUAGGUAUUUUAAGAUUCCAUUCGAUGAAAUAUAAAUAUAGGGCAUAUAGUACCUUUCGCUCAAAAAUCAUUUUCCCUUUUUGUCCGCGUUUACACGAUCUAGCACUCACUUCAAGAAUUGCGUACCUGCUUUUGACAAUUUUUACAGUAGGUACUUUUUAAAUUUUUGAUAUGAUAUUUAAAGACAUUUAAAUCCGUUUAAGACCGUAAAAAAACGAGUGCUGUCAGAAUACAUAAAGGUUGUAUAAAAUUAAAAUUUGAUUUUUUUGUGUAGAAAUGUGAAAUAUAUAUUGAAUAUUAUAUGUUAAUAUUUUUAUAUCGAACAGACGUGUAAAAAAUGCAAAUCCCUACACUACAGGUAAAAAAAUAUAUACUCCACUGAAACUUUAAAUUCGGAAUUUCCAAUUUUCACAUAGCUUAUAUAGGUACCAAACACAUAUUAUUAUUAUGGUUCGCUCGCGAUGGGAUUUCGAUUUCGGUGGCGGGCUUUGCAGGCCAAUCCCAUAUUAUAAUAUAACCUUUCGGGUACGUUGUAACUUACAAUGUACAACUCAAAUUGGAUAUUAUGUAUAGUUUUUCCAGUAGAACCCAACCAAGUGUUUUCAAAAAUAUCGAUUGUAGUUACGGGGACGAUAACGGAAGCCUAGACUUCAUCAUAAUAUAUGGGUAAACAGUGUCUCAUCCUUAUAUAUAUUAAAUACCGUAAACAUAUAUUAAUAUUAUGAGCAGUACGCAUAAAAUAUUAUGUAUAUUACAAAUAACACUAUAAUUCUACUCGCUUGCAGCGCCAAUCUGAAUAUUGAUGACCUGGAAAACGAUGCGAAUGCGAUUUAUGCAGAGGUUUGGCAUAUCUAUUUCGGUCUGAUAUAGAAAAACGAUAAACAGCGAAUUAUUUCGUUUACAUUAAACGCGAUUUUAAACAGCAAUGUUUACAAUACACAGAGGAGUCAAUGAACUAAACAACUGUAUGAAAGGCAGCUCGGUAUAUGUCAAAGUUGUCGAAAUUGUCUUUGUCAAAAAUACGAAACGAUACUUGUUAUCAAAACACGCGUUUAUGUCAGAAUACUGUAUUGAUAAUAUGUUUUUCGAAAAUGUGUGGUGCCCGCCUAGAUAAAUUCUGAAAAAGCCACGCCGCGCCGUAACGAUGUUCAUACUGGUUUUAAAAAGAAAAUAACCCAACUGUUAUUUAAUUUUCCUGAUUCGUCUUAUUUCGUAUUCAGUAAUAUCUAUACUGGCUACUACAGCAUUGUAAAAACUAAUUCAUACGAUUCGUGACAUUAAUAAUAAUUCACUAUUUCGCAGGUUAGGUAAUGAAAACAUUGGGUCUUAAAGUGAAAUCAUUCGUAAGUGCGACACAUACAGAAUAACUACUUUCAUGUUAUACUGAGUAAUUCACCAAACAUGAAAACCCAAUUUUUUUUCUUCAACAGGUAUUUUAGUUAUUCAAAUUCUACAUUUUUAUAAUUUUUAAAUAUACCAUUACUUAAAGCCUAAAGGCCAUAUUUUAUAACUCUUGAGAUUUUUUGUACUACUUAUAGGGAGUACCAUAAUAUGGAGAUACAAUACCUACCGUUUUUCAAAUGGAACCCCCUUCCCCUUUUCUGUUGUAAAUUAUUUAGUGGAUGAAUUUUUUGAAAAUGUUGAGGUAUCAAAAUUAAAAUUAAAAUGAAUAGUUUUUGAGUUAUAUAACAUUGUGUGCUGAGGAUGAAAGUACCACGAUGAUGGAUCUGAAAGACGUGGAGUUAGGUAUCUAUAGUGACUUGAACAUUUUAGAAAUAAAUAUUAAUCUAUUGACAUUUAAAAUUUAUAAUUUGUAAAAAUGGUCUAAGCAUAAUAAAUACUAUAUUUAA